AUGUCUUUAUCAAAAUUUCAGCUAAAACAAAACCUUCACUAUACGAGUGAUACGUCACAGGAUGGCAGUUAUAAAUUUGGAGAAGUCAUCGUUUACAAAGCGGCCCCUGACAAGACCGUGCUUGAAGUGUCAGAAGACCCGAAAAAGAUGUGUUCUGAGAUAGUAUCGUUGGAUCCUAGUAACCGUAACAACAUUCUGUGUGUCGGAACCCGGGUCGGAACCAAAGUUAGACCAACAUUCAUCAGCUUUAAUAGCAGAUUGGACAUGGAAGCCUGGGUCAGUACGAUAGAGGGACUGAUGAAGUCUGGUGAAGAGAGCAAACCCCCGAGCAAACCCCGUCCUAGGUCAGUUCAAGAAAUGCCAAGGAAUAACAAACGAGACAAUGCCAGGAUGCAUCAUUCAUCUCCAGCAACCCCCGGUGAUAUGUUCUCGGAAAUGGUUCACAGAGAAAGGCCAUUGAAUCCUGUUUCUCAAAACGACGAUGAACCAAUCUAUGAAAACUCCAAUUUCGACCCUGCAAUAACCAAUCAACGUGAUGCAUAUUUGGAUGCACAUAAGCUAAAGCAACUUCAGGAGGAAAAUCAUCAAUCCCUAAGAGUGAACAGAGAAAGUGUCAAGGAUUAA